CAGAGACACGAGGUCAAUCAAAAGGUGCAAGACCGCCAUGGCGGGUGUGGUCUCUUCGAGAUGACUGCAGGUCAUUAAGAGUGCUUGGCUCGCAUCUGGGGUUUGCUUUGCAGCAGAGCUAACGAGGCAUUUCUGGGAGGCCGGACGGCAUGAUAUUGAACCCUGGUGGGAUAUAUACCUGCGCGCCGGUCGGCGAAAAACAUUUGGGAAGCAGACUCGAACGAGAUUUCUUUCUCUCCCCUACCUGAAAGGUCCAAAGUCAAGUCUCUCUGACAAUCCGAUACCUAUCGUCGUAAUCAUGGGUGGUGCUGGAGCAACUGGUGUGGCCGAUCCGGUCCUGACCCGCCUCGUCGCCGAGGACAAGGUGCGCUGGUACAAGAAACCGAACCUACGCAUCCUAUACGUCCUGUUGUUCUUCUCUUGUAUGGGUAUCGAACUUACCUCCGGAUUCGAUUCUCAAUUGAUCAACGCUCUUCAAAUUGUGCCAUCAUGGAUCGAUUACUUUGGCGACCCUCAAGGCUCUUUGAAGGGAAUAAUCAGCGCCGCCUACUCGCUCGGUGCCAUUCUCUCGCUACCUCUCGUCCCGAUCGUCAAUGAAAGGUUCGGUCGACGUGGUUCCAUCUUCGCUGGAUCUUGGGUCAUGGUCAUUGGUGCCAUCAUCCAAGGAUGUGCCCAGAACGCUGGCAUGUACAUUGUUGCACGUAUGAUUCUCGGUUUCGGUAUCCCUACUUGCAUUGUCUCCGGUUCGUCCUUGAUCGGAGAGUUGGGUUACCCCAAGGAGCGUCCAGUCCUGACCUCGCUCUUCAACGUCGCCUACUUUGUCGGCCAGAUCAUGGCUGCUGGUAUUGCUUUCGGCACCAACAACCUGGCCGGCAACUGGGGCUGGAGGAUUCCCUCGUUCCUACAGGCCGCUCCCUCUUUGGUCCAGAUCAUCGUCAUCUACAUGCUCCCCGAAUCGCCGCGUUACUUGAUCAGCAAGGACCGUGCCGAGGAGGCCGAAGCCAUCUUCAUCAAGUACCACGCUGAGGGCGACCGUGACUCUGAGUUUGUCAAGGCAGAAAUGCUCCAGAUCCGCACCACCCUCGAGCUCGAGAACGAGGCUGCCAGGCACUCCUGGAUGGAUCUCGUCGCCACUGCCGGUAUGCGUCGUCGUCUAUUGAUCACCUCCGCCCUCGGACUGUUCACCCAGUGGUCUGGAAACACCCUCAUCUCCUACUACUUCGGAGAUCUGCUCAAGAUGGUCGGCAUCACCAGCUCCAUCCUCAAGCAGAAGCUCAAUCUCGCCAAUGCAUGCUGGGCUCUCAUCAACGCCUUCACCAUCUCCAUGUUCGUCACCCGUUUCAACCGCCGAACGCUCUACCUCACUUGCACCAUCUCCCUGCUCUGCUGCUACACUGCAUGGACCAUUAGCAUGCAGAAGGCGAACGCGGCCAAGGAUGCAGGCACCGUCAACAGGGCUGCCUCUAUCGCCACCAUCUUCUUCAUCUACGCCUACUCCCCAUGCUACAACAUCGGCUACAACGCCCUCACCUACACCUACAUGGUUGAGGUCUGGCCCUACAUGGAGCGUUCCCGCGGUAUCGCCAUCUUCCAGCUCUUCGGCCGUCUCGCCGCCUUCUUCACCACCUUCGUCAACCCCAUCGGUCUCAACAACAUCAAGUGGAAGUGGCUCAUCGUCUACUGCUGCUGGCUCUGCUUCGAGAUCGUCUUCGUGUACUUCCUGUUCCCCGAGACGGCGAACCGCACCCUCGAGGAGUUGGCUUUCUUGUUCGAAGACAAGGCGUUGGCUGAGAAGGCUAACGAGGCUGUUGAGGAUGUCGUGCAUAUCGGACACGAUGAGAAGAACGCUGUUAUGACGAGCGAGAAGCCUGCUCACCAGUAG